ACGAUCCGCGAAAAAAAACACAGCAUGAAAAUCACAGACAGUAAAUGCAGCGGACACUUUUUUAACACUCGGUUUUACAUCAGCUCUUUGUACGUUAUGACUUCGCGCUUCUCCGCAGCUUGCAAUCGAACCCCUUGAUGCUCGCCCUUUUACCGCGUAGCACGCUGGAACGUUUCAUCGCGGAUGUUUCUGGCGGAGUGUUUACAAAGUUGCAACACAGGAAGCUCGCAUUGAAAAGGCGAAUGUGUUGUUUUCUGCAGAAGGAACUUACUUUUGUUGACAAAACUCCCGUCAGAAGACAUCAUUUGGACUCAGAUCAUUUAAUUGAUGCUUAAACUGAAAGCAAGAUGUUCGCGGGGCUGCCUGAGCUUGGUAUAUCCAACGGAGAGGAUCUUAAAGAAACUCUCACUAACUGCACAGAGCCACUGAAAGCCAUCGAUCAGUUUCAGUAUGGUUUUGUAGGUCACUGGAUGAAUCCAGGCAGAGAGACAAUUGGAGCUUUGGAUUUAGGAGGAGCAUCUACUCAGAUUACCUUUGAGACCUCUGAAAAGGUGGAGAAUGAAAGUAACACAAUGGAGUUGAAGCUUUUUGGAAACACCUACAGACUAUACACCCAGAGCUUCCUAUGCUAUGGCCAAGACCAGUAUUUAAGGAAACUGCUGGCUCAUCUCAUUAAGGAUAACUAUCCAAAGAGCACAGUGUUGCACCCCUGCUAUCCAAAGCAGUUCAACGAAUCUGUCAUCCUGGGGAAGGACGUCUUUGAUUCUCCGUGUACUGUGGACUCCAAACCAGACAAGAUUGACCUGGAAAGGAAUGUAAACGUUGUGGGCACAGGAGACUACCAAAAAUGCUUAGAGACUGUAAAGAAGAUGUUCUCCUUUGAGAGUUGCAAAUACUCCAAGUGCUCCUUUAAUGGAGUCUUUCAGCCCAGCUUGAGAGGAAGAUUCAUGGCAUUCUCUGCUUUCUACUUCACUCACAAAUACAUCUCUACCCUCACCAACAUGGAUAUGACGUCUCCUAAUCAAACCGCAGAGGCUGUCCGGCACGUCUGCAGCAUGAGCAUCUCUGAGAUGACGAAUAGGACAAAGCAGGAUAAGAAAUACAUGAAGAAUGUCUGUGCCGUCUCCAAUUUCGUCCAGGUGCUCUUAACACAGGGCUACCAUUUUAAUGAGGUUUCCCUUCCUUCUAUUUCUUUUGAAAAAAAGGCCGGAGGAGCAUCUGUAGGCUGGGCUUUGGGUUACAUGCUAAACCUGACCAAUCUAGUUCCAGCCGAAAAUCCUGUAGUGAUGAAGGCCCUGCCCAUAGGGCCCUGGAAAGGCAUCCUCUUCCUCUCCAUCAUCCUCAUCUUCUUUGCACUGGGAUACCUUCUCUUUGUCUACAGAAAAACACAGGCUAAUGAAGGAAUGGUUUGAGACCAAAGAUAGCCAAGUUGAAGUAAAUUUCUCUCAGGCAAAAAACCUUCAGUACACACCUUUUUAAUGUUGGCUUUUUAUAUUAUGUAGCAAAAAUCAUUCUUAAAGUAAAGCUUGCCCUAUACAAUUUUUGCUUUAGAUUCACAAAUUUCAGUAAAUGUUCAGCUUACUCAUGUCAGUGUGCACAAAAUCCAAAAUAAAUGGGAUCGUUUUUUAAAUGUUCCAGACUCAAUGUGCAAUACAAUACCACUUGUGAUUAACUUGUCAUUAUUUAGCACUUUUCUAGUUUGAAUGAGCACUGAAAGUAGCUUUUACUACAAGCUAUAGUACAUAAACCCAUUCACACACACAUUCAGGCAGUCUAUGAAUGCAUUUUCUAUCACACACUCAUACUACCUCUGAACAAAUCAGGGACAAUUUAAGGUUCAAUAUAGAAGAACUGUGGCAUACAUACUCUAAGACACCACUAACAGCUGAUGUGUCGUUCAAAAUAGCCAUGUGCUAAGUGAAGGCUUUUGAAAAAAAGUUGUUAGUUGUUUUGAUGGAGUAAAACUUUUCA